AUGUCGAACAGUCAGAAAUCGAAGUUUUCCGGCGGGGGUAUGGGGUGGUGGGGCAGGCAGUCGCACGCGGGCCGGCGGAGCGUGUGCACGCUGCACGAGAGCGCGGGCGGGGCGUGCGGCGGGGCGGGUGGCGGAGCGGGCGGCGGCGCGUGCAGCGACAGCGACGAACGUGGCUGCGGCCGCGAGCAGUCCACGGCUAGGUAG